AUGCAUCCUGUUACUUCGGGCUCUUCUCACACGUACACCCUACUGCCUUCGUGCUCUCCUGUCGGCGUUUUGGGGCUGCAACCGAUGCCUUUAUCCUCACGUCCACUGAAGCAUGCGACGGACAAGAGGCCUUUACCUGGACUGGUAACUCCAACCGGGAUGCUCAAGCAGACGAUACUCAUCGCCGAUGUAUGGGCAACGGAAGAAAUGUGUCUCAUUCCCUCUGGUGAAGUACCACCUGCAGCAGUAGACAAUGGCACAUCAGCAGGUCGAUACCGCGCACACAGCUCCCUUGUUACCGGCAAGGCGAAGACACCCUUGCGGGCCACUGGCAUCGGACGCUGCAUACAGGAGCCCAUCAAUAAAGACCCGGACUGCCGACAAUCUUGA